AUGAAUUUUGUGAAAACUCAUAUUUAUAAACAAGAGUACACAGAGGAUGGCAUUUUAGAAAUUGAACAGGACACUAGGAGUUCUAAAGAAAAGGAUGCUGAAAAAAUCUUAAAGGAAUUACCCGAGUUUAAAAGAGAUAAUAAAUUCUUAAGUUUAUCUGAACAGCUAGAAUUAAAAAAGAAUUCAAAUAAUAAAGAAAAUGUUUCAUCUUUGGAUAAUGAAAAUAACAUGUAUGAUAUUUUAAAUGGUAUGGAUUAUCCUACCGAAUAUGACGAAAAUUAUGAUAUGAAUAAUAAUUAUAGUUUUAAUAAAUUACAACAAAGAGAAAAAGAAAUUGCUCAUGAAUAUAAUGAAGCUAUAAAAGAUUGUUUUAAAAAAAAAGAACAAAAAGACAAAAAUAAUUUAAAAAAUCUUCCUCAAGAAAAUAUAAACAUAAAAGAUAUAAAAAAAAAAAUUAUUAAACAAAAAAAUAAAAAAUUACUAAAUCCAAAUAUAAAAGCUAUUAUUAAAACAAAAAAAAAAAACGAAAAUAAUUCGAGUGAUAAAAUUAACGAUAUCAAUAAAAAUUCAUCAAAGCAUUCGAAUAAUAAAACUGAAGAAAAUGUAGAAACCAAACAAACUUGUUUAUUGCAUGGUUAUUCUGAUAAUUCGGAUAGUUGA